AUGACUAAAAUAAUACCGAUACUGUCCACCAGAAAGCAUGAUCAGUUUUCUUUGUAUAUAUACAGAGCAAGCACUGACGGGUCCAUUGAGGAAACUACUGAAACUUCAAUUGAACAGACCUCAAGCAGUGAAUACGUUACAAGCUAUGAAAACAUUACAACCAGUUACCCAGAAAUGGAAACUACUGCUAUCGAAAACAUUACGACCAGUUACCCUGAAAUGGAAACUACUUCUAUGGAAAACAUUACAACCAGUUACCCAGAAAUGGAAACUACUUCUAUCCAUACGUCUGUUUCGUCAACAGAAUAUAAUGUAUUCCAAUCUUCGGUAAACGACACCGUCGUCACAACAGCGGAAACAUACUCGUCAACUGGAAGUUAUGACUGUUACACUGUGUCAAGUGAAUACCAGGGCACUAAGAGUGUAGCAGAGAACGGAUACACAUGCUCAACAUGGUCAGACCUAGUACAGCUAGACGACUAUACGAAUCUUUAUCAGUAUACAUACACCGACCCCGCUGUAUUUCCCGAUGACUCUAUUGCUGAGGCUAACAACUAUUGCAGAGAUCCUGAUAAUUCUGGAAGACCAUGGUGUUACACACCGAAUCAUCCGGAUGUCAACUGGGGCUACUGUGAUAUUCCAAAAUGCGGUGUAACAACAUCAACUCAGGGCCCUAGUUCAACUGCAGCCACGACAACUGUUUUAAGCACUGGUCCAGUCAUAGUGACAUUUGCUGUCAACGUGCCUUAUUCGCUUGCGGGUGGUUUUGGUUCAAUAAUUAUUUCUGCAAUCAGGGCACAAAUACCGAACUUUUUUCAUGGAGUUCAAGAUGAACAUAUCCAGGAUAUUUCACUCUAUGACUCAAAUGGUAAUAUUUAUAUCAACUAGUGUGUGACUAGAUUUUUUUU